UGAUGAGGCUGAGGUGUUAGGUAGAGCUGUCACACGCCUUUAGCCAAGCUUGAGAGAGAAGCGCACAGUAACUGCAUAGCAAGUUAGGCAGAGCUGUAAACAUCCACAAUCUUGUUCGGUAGAGUGGGGAGUGACUAAGUUAGGUUGCGCUGUGUGGAGGAAGGCAUUAGCAGCAGUAGCAUAGGAUAGAAAAGCAGUGAGGUAGGUUGCACGUGUGGCCGUGUGUGCGCAUGCUUAGUGCUGGAGCGAGAGCUGUGUGCAUGUAGAAGGGAAGGGAUUUGAUUCGAGUUCAUCCUGAAGUUCCUUCUACCUUCCUGUCAGACAUGGAGUUAGAUGCUCUGCUGGAGAUCGUGUGCCUGGGGCAGAACAAUGGAAUCGAAUCUGCUCUUAAACACUAUAACGAUGAGAACCGUGCCAUGUUUAAAUUUGAUCCUGCUGAUGUAGAGAAAAGAAUGAAAUUAUGUGAAGCUCUUUUUCAAGCCCUCGAUAAAGGAACACACACCUCUUGCCAGAUUAUGUGCUUGGAAGCUCUGCGAAUUCUGUCACGAGAUAAAAAGGUUCUGGUUCCUGUGACGACCAAGGAGAACCUGCAGAUCCUCAUGAGAAUGGCCAAACUGGAUCCUCGGCUCAAUUCUUUAGGCGAAGUGACAGACUUUCCUGUUGUCGUAGAAGCUUUAAAGUGUCUCUGCAAUAUUGUAUUUAACAGUCUGGAAGCCCAGAAGCUAAGCCUAGAACUGGACCUUGCCAAUUUACUGUGCGGCCUUUUAAGGAAGUGCAAGGACCAGCGCAUGAUCAAUGACAUUCGCUGUUUUGCACUGCGGCUUCUCUUCCUCUUGACACUGUUGCACACAGAUAUUAGAGUGCGGUUAAAGCAGGAGUUGCAGGGUCUUCCUCUGCUCACCCAGACACUCGAGAGCAUUCUUGGGAUCCAGUGGACAGAAAAAUACCAGACCGUAACAGAGGUAAAUCUGCCACCGCUGUCUGUGCAAGAGACGGACUGUACUAUUGAAGCAUUAAAAGCUCUUUUUAAUGUGACGCUUGACAGCUGGAAUGUCCACAGUGAGAGUGAUGCGCACCAGUUCCGGUAUUUGGCUGCCAUUCUGCGCCACAUCUUGUUAUCGAAGGCUCCAUCUGCAGAUAAAACUGAAGAGCUGCACAGCAAUACAGUUAACUUACUCAGCAAUGUGCCUGUGUCCUGUCUGGAUGUUCUCAUUAACCCCUCCAACAAGGCGAUGUCGGCAAAUAACAAUCACAUGAAUAUGGAAGCCAUUCAGGUUAUACUGAACUUCAUGGAAAAGAGAAUAGAUAAGGGCUGCAGCUACAGAGAAGGUCUGACUCCAGUUCUCAGCCUGCUCACAGAAUGUUCCAGAUCUCACAGACCCAUCAGGAAGUACAUUAAAGCAGAGGUGUUACCACCAUUAAGAGAUGUAAGUAACCGGCCAGAAGUGGGAACCGCGGUCAGAAACAAACUGGUGCGACUAAUGACCCACGUGGAUCUGGGAGUAAAGCAAAUAGCUGCAGAAUUCUUGUUUGUUCUCUGCAAAGAGCGAGUGGACAGUCUGUUAAAGUAUACUGGGUAUGGCAAUGCGGCUGGCUUGCUUGCUGCCCGUGGCCUCUUGGCUGGGGGUAGAGGGGAUCGCUGGUAUUCCGAUGAUGAAGAUACAGACACCGAAGAGUACUUACAGGCAAAACCAAAUAUUAAUCUUAUAACGGGCCACGUGGAAGAGCCCUUACCAAACCCCAUGGAUGAGAUGACUGAGGAGCAAAAGGAAUACGAGGCAAUGAAACUCGUCAACAUGUUCGAUAAACUUUCAAGAGAAGAGCUGAUCAAACCAAUGGGAGUGAAACCUGACGGGACGAUGGCCCCGCUGGAAGAGACGCUCCAUGCUCAAAGGGCCGAGGACAGCAGUUCAGAUUCGGAUUAAAGGAUAACCUGCAUUUGUUUUUUUGUUUUUUUUGCUAUUUAUACUUUUCAUAAGUCAAAUUUUAUCUUUCCACAUAAUGAUGUAUAAAAAAAAGUUUUUGGUAAAA